AUGGGACUUCCUCUUUUCAUCGCUCCCGUCGAGUCGGACGUCCCCUCUCAAAUUGGCGACAAGUCGGAAAUGUCGCGCCAUGCCCGCUCCGCCAUUCGCCGCGCCCGCCGCAACAUCGACUCUCGUCCUUUUCGACGUCGCGCCGCACUGCUCCGCGAUAACUUCCCCACUCCCGGACCCGAAUCCGUCGCGCGCGCCCGUUAUCCAUGGAUAGAGUCUGGCCAUCUACCACCGCCGGAGGCUUACGUCGCCCCUCCCCCGCGGACUAUGCCGCCCUCGGAGGCGGAUCGGGGUGCCCCCACUCCCGAGAGCACCGAACUGCGAGAUGCGCUGCGGGAGAUGAGAAACCGAGCCGCGGAACGGGGCCCCGAAGCCAGUGAGGCUCGAUUGAUCUCCCUUUUCGGCGAACGCUGGGCUUUUGAAAACUUGCCUCAGCCCUCUCGGACCAGCGCUACCCCCCCAGCUGGCGAAGAGCAAAGCGGCUGGCAGGAGCCUGAACGGCCGUCUCAUCCGCGAUUCCCCCGUGCGCAGCUUGAUCGCAUGUCGAUGCCUGCCCCACCGGUUGCUGCCCGGUUUGACCGCAGUCCCGACAACCUGGUUGCCGCCAGAUUCUCUGGUCGAAGGCAGCGUGUGGAGCCGCGAACGGUACCCCAGACUCUGCACCAGCGCAUCCGUCGGAUACGUCCUUCUGGACAACCCAACGAACCGUCUUUGGCUGACGGCCUCGGCGACCGCGACCGAAGCUUGAGUCCUGACGAAGACGGCGUGUGGGACACGCUGCUUACUACGCUGACACCAGAUCCGCAACCUCCAAGUGCUGGAUCGUCCUUCGCCUCGGCGUCAGCUUCGGCAUCGGCCUCGGCCUCGGCCUCUGCAUCACAGUCACAGAGUGCCGCCGCAUCAUCGCGCACCUCGCUCACCGGACCUGAGACGACCGAAGAGGCUCUUGAACAGCCCUGUGAAUCUGGCCUCGACAAUUCUGACGACGAAGGCCAGGAGGCCAUGCAUGCGACCAGGUCCUGGGCAGACCACUGGACGAUGAACUAUCCCUCAAGGCACCGUCGGUUCGUCGCCGAUCUGGACGCAAACGACACGAGCAGGUUAUCAUUCAUGCGAGACGAUCCAUCAUACAGGCGAAUCGCCAGAACGCCCGCUGCCCGUAACGCCCAAGACGACGAGGAAAUGCGAACUCGUCGACGACUCGAACUUCUUCGACAUUACCGGAUCGCCACCCGCGACCCCACUCCGCUCCCGGAGUUAUUGGAUCACAUCGUGCGGGAUUCGAGCGAAGAGGCAGGAGGUCCCAGUGGCCAGGGGGAUAGCAACGGUGACGGUGACGGUGACGCUGCCUCAUCGAGCCACAACCAAACGUCGAAUGACAAUGCAUUGCAUGGAAUGCAGAUGAUUGUUCGCAACCUCGCGCGUCGGGAAGACAUUCCCGAUGAGUGGUGGGCUGGUGCCGGGCUCAGCCGGACCCUGCCAGAGGGGUCAUGA